AUGGAAAUGGAAAAGCUGGUCUCGCUCUGCCGCCGGCGCGGCAUCCUCUUCCAGUCGAGCGAGAUCUACGGCGGGCUCAACGGCUUCUGGGACUACGGCCCCUUGGGCGUGGAAAUCAAACGCAACGUCAAAGAGGCGUGGUGGCGCGACAUGGUCGCCGCACACGACGACCUGGCGACGCUCCCCGGCGCGCCGAGCCCCUACGAGAUGACGGGCCUCGACUGCACGAUCAUCAUGCACCCGCAGGUGUGGAAGUGCUCGGGCCACUUCGAUUUGUUCGUCGAUAAGAUGGUCGAUUGCCGCGAGACGAAGAAGCGCUACCGCUACGACCAGGUCCGCGGCCGCUGGGUCGAGGCGAAGGGCGAGAAGGUCUUCGUCACCACCGUCGCCGAGGACGAAGGCCCGGAGAUCGAACGACGUGCACUGAAGCACUUCAAGAUCCGCUCGAAGGACGCCGACCAGCUGGCGUGGGACGGCCCGCUGACGACGCUCGACAAGAUCGACCUCGCCGACUUCCCGAAGGCGCUCGCGCCCGAGGCGAGCGAGCUCGGCACGUUCACCGAUCCGCGGGACUUCAACCUGAUGUUCCCGACGACGAUCGGCGCGCUCGCCGGCGAAGAGGGCCGCGCGUUCCUCCGUCCCGAAACAGCGCAGGGCAUCUUCGUCAACUUCAAGAACGUCAUCGACAGUUCUCGAGUAAAGGUGCCGGUGGGCAUUGCACAGAUCGGCAAGUCUUUCCGCAACGAGAUCACGCCACGGAACUUCACGUUCCGCUCGCGCGAGUUCGAGCAGAUGGAGAUCGAGUUCUUCUGCCACCCGAGCCAGUCUGCCGACUGGUACAAGUACUGGCGCGACCGCCGCAUGAAGUGGUGGCAAGAGAUCGGCCUCGCCGGCGACCGGCUGAUCCUCCGCGAUCACCACCCGGACGAGCUGUCGCACUACUCGACCGGCACGGCCGACAUUGAGUACGCCUUCCCGUUCCUCCCCGAGGGCGAGUACGGCGAGCUCGAAGGCAUCGCGCAUCGCGGCGACUUCGACCUCCGCAGCCACAUGGAAGGCAAGCUCGACCCCAACAGUUGCCCGCUGACGCUGCAGCUCGGCGAGGACGGCAAACCGGUCCACAAGGGCUCGGGCCGCGACCUGACGUACCGCGAUGACAUGACCAACGAACGAUUCACGCCGCACGUGAUCGAGCCCUCGGCGGGCGCCGACCGUGGUGUGCUCGCGCUGCUGUGCGAGGACCAGACUCGCGUCGUGAUGAAGUUCCACCCGCGGAUCGCCCCGAUCAAGGCGGCCGUCUUCCCGCUGGUGAAGAAGGACGGCAUGCCCGAGGUGGCCCAGGACCUCUACCGGGCGAUCAAGAAGAAGUUCCCCGCGUUCUACGACGAGAAGGGCGCCGUCGGCCGCCGUUACCGCCGCCAAGACGAAGCGGGCACGCCCUACUGCAUCACGGUCGACGGCCAAACGCUGCAAGACAACACCGUCACGAUGCGCGACCGCGACUCGCUCGAGCAGGUACGGCUGAAGCUCGACGACGUGGUCGCGGAGAUCGAACGCCGCGUGACGGGGGAGUAG